UGGAGCCACCGCGGCCCCAACGCGUCAGCGUGGCACCCAGGCUUGGGGGUGGGCAGCAGCGGUCGGGGUUCCAGGUGGGCGGAGCCCCGCCCCAGGACCCUCGCCCCGCCCACCUCUCGGGGUGUCUUUAGGGCCAGCGCUCGCUGCCCAGUCCACCCACUCCACCAGCGACUCCGGGGGUGACUCGGAAGGACCGCGCUCGCUCUCGGGGCGUCCGCCACGGCCGCACGAGCACUCCGCCGACGUGAGGAUGGAGAGGAGGGCACGCAGCUCCUCCAGAGAGGCCCCCAGGCGAGGCGGCGGGCCCACCCCCAAGGAGAGCAAGAGGGCAAAGGGCGAGAGGGGCGGCGGCCGCGGGCGGCGGGAUGGCAGGUCCGAGCGGCGGAGCCCCGGGCGCGCGGGGAGCCCAGAGGAACCCCGAGCGCCCGCCGCCACCGUGGUGGACGUGGACGAGGUCCGGGGCUCCGGUGAGGAAGGCACCGAGGUGGUGGCGCUGCUGGAGAGCGAGCGGCUGGAGGAAGGUACCAAGUCCUCUGGUUUAGGGGCCUGUGAGUGGCUUCUUGUCCUUGCCUCCCUGCUCUUCAUCAUCCUGACAUUCCCUUUUUCUAUCUGGUUUUGCAUAAAGAUUGUACAAGAGUACGAGAGAGUAAUUAUAUUCCGACUGGGACAUCUGCUUCCUGGAAGACCCAAAGGCCCUGGCCUGUUCUUCUUUUUGCCCUGCCUGGAUACCUACCACAAAGUUGACCUUCGUCUCCAGACCUUGGAGAUACCCUUCCAUGAGAUUGUAACCAAAGACAUGUUUAUAAUGGAGAUAGAUGCCAUCUGCUAUUACCGAAUGGAAAAUGCCUCUCUUCUCCUAAGCAGCCUGGCUCAUGUGUCUAAGGCUGUCCAGUUCCUUGUGCAAACCACCAUGAAGCGUCUUCUGGCACACCGAUCCCUCACUGAAAUUCUUCUAGAGAGGAAGAGCAUUGCUCAAGAUGUAAAGGUUGCCUUGGAUUCAGUGACCUGUAUUUGGGGAAUCAAAGUGGAGAGAAUAGAAAUUAAGGAUGUGCGGCUGCCGGCUGGGCUUCAACACUCGCUGGCUGUGGAGGCAGAAGCGCAAAGACAGGCCAAAGUGCGGAUGAUUGCUGCGGAAGGGGAAAAGGCUGCUUCUGAGUCCCUGAGGAUGGCUGCUGAGAUUCUGUCAGGAACCCCAGCUGCUGUUCAGCUUCGAUACCUCCACACCCUUCAGUCUUUGUCCACAGAGAAACCUUCCACUAUAGUUUUACCUUUGCCUUUUGACCUGCUAAAUUUCCUGUCUUCUCCUAGCAACAGAACUCAAGGGAGCAUCCCCUUCCCAAAUUCUUCCAAACCUGUUGAGCCACUAAAUCCCAAGAAGAAAGACUCUCCCAUGUUAUAGGGGUGGGUACACAAAGGAUUAUGCAGCUGUGAAGAGGCCUGCCAUUCAAAGCCACAUCCCAGUGAGGCAUUCAGUCCUCAAUUCCUUUCUUCCACUGCCACAUGGAAUGCUUUUUGAAUGCAUGGCAUUGCAAUGCAGCCACAUAAGUGAGAAUUCAGUACAGGAGGCAUCUAACAGGUUUAGGCGAGUCAUCUAAGCAGAGUAGUUAUGGGAAAGAGCUUUGGUCAACAUGAUAAUUUGGAAAUAAGUUUGUCAAUUUUGAUAUCUGAAGAUUUAGAUCAAAUGUCCCUUUUCCUCUGGCCCCUUUGGCAAGGUCUUGCAGCUCCUGCAGCCCUUUCUCUGAGCCCCAUCACCAUGCUUGCUACACUAAGCUGUAACCUUGGACCUAAAGGUUAGCUUCUCUAUGGCUGUACUACUGGCUCUUCAAAGGGGCAUCUAACACCCUUCACCCACCACCCUCAGUCUUUUGGCUCCACUCCAUAUUCCUUGAGCCUAACUCUGAUCGUUGCACCUUAGUGACACCUAAAUGUUUCUGAAUAAAUACAAAGAAAAGAGAUGCACUCAGAUUGGAUAUAAAUUUAUACACAAUUAAAGAAUUUUUUAAAUUACUUGGAGGUUCUUUAGAAAAUAAGU